UUCCUCCACCAGCCUUGUCGUUCGGUACCACCAGGAAUUCGGCACACAAAAAGGCCGGACAUUUCCUCAGCAAAUCUGCUUCCUCUCAAAGGAUGUGUGUUCUAAAUGUGUCUGGCUUCUUCCUUGUGGAGAAAGUUUUCAGCACACACAUCCUCUUCCCCAGAACAGCCAGCCCUCCUCAUUCCGCGCCUUGUUCUCUGCAUUACACCGGUGUCGAACUCCGUGUUAAUAUCAGAUUAAAUACACUGGGAUUUAAACGGAUUAAUCAAUGUUACCCGAUUUCCCCCCAACCCCCUCUGUUACUGGCCGGCCAGGUUUACAUAAAAGAGUUGAUACCUAUUUAUACAGCAAAGGCGAGAACUGAAGGUUUGAAUGGAGGAAGGGGAGGGAAAAGUAAAUCGUUGUUUGUUGUGUGCAGUGCCUAGUGUAAACGUCCUCUCGGUCAGGGUGGAAGGGUGGGGGUCACACUGCUGGGUUUGAUCCGUUUAGGAAGCUUAUGCUGCUGAUUUAAACCCCAGGAGUCGCGGGUGUGAGUAGCUAGCUGGACUGGAGCACUCUGGGGAAGGUGCGUGAGGGAGUUUAUUGGAGAGGAAGUUGUUACUUCAGAGAAUCGGGUCAAUUUCGCCCGGGACAACACUAGAAAAUGCCGGCGAUCAAUAUAGAGGAUCUGAGCGAAAAGGAUAAACUGAAAAUGGAAGUUGAGCAGCUCCGGAAAGAAGUGAAGUUGGAAAGACAACCGGUGUCCAAAUGUUCUGAAGAUAUAAAGAACUACAUUGAAGAAAGAUCUGGAGAGGAUCCUUUGGUCCAGGGUAUUCCUGAAGAUAGGAAUCCUUUUAAAGAGAAAGGAGGCUGCGUCAUUGCAUGAAAGAAAAAUUUCCUACAUACAUUAUUGUACCUUUAGCGUAUAACUAGUUUGUCCUCAGUUCCAUGGGUCCUUGUUGAACGAGUACUGUCAAUGGAUUAAAAACAACAACAACCUUGAAUGAGACUCUUGUUUAUCUCUUUAUCAUUUUAUAUGAUCUAAUUAUAUCUCACUACUUGAUAAUAUUCUAAAUUGUAUUCUAAGUAUUGUUCCCCAGAGGAGACAGAUACUUGCUUAAUGUACUAAUGGGCAUUUGCGUGUAGUCUCUGUUUAGCGUGUUGUUUCUUGACUCUUGCGUUUACUAGCUCGUUUUAAUAAAAACUCUUGCUUCUA